UCCAGCCGGCCCCGGGGACGGACGGUUGGCCAGGCGCGCGGACCCGAAGCGGGGCCUUGCGGGAGCCGGCCAGCAGGCAGCAGGGGCCGCCGCCGCCGCCCGGGCCCGCCGCCCGCGCCCCCCACGCUGGCCCAGAGAGCCGAGGCCGCGUCGCCGCCGAGGAUGUCCCGGAAGGGGCCGCGGGCGGAGGUGUGUGCGGACUGCAGCGCCCCGGACCCUGGUUGGGCAUCCAUCAGCAGGGGAGUGCUGGUGUGUGACGAGUGCUGCAGUGUACACCGGAGCCUGGGCCGCCACAUCUCUAUUGUGAAGCACCUUCGCCACAGCGCCUGGCCACCCACACUGCUGCAGAUGGUACACACACUCGCCAGCAAUGGUGCCAACUCCAUCUGGGAGCACUCGCUGCUGGACCCCGCACAAGUGCAGAGUGGCCGGCGCAAAGCCAACCCCCAGGACAAAGUGCACCCCAUCAAAUCCGAGUUCAUCAGGGCCAAGUACCAGAUGCUGGCCUUCGUGCACAAGCUUCCCUGCCGGGACGAUGACGGCGUCACUGCCAAGGACCUCAGCAAGCAACUGCACUCAAGCGUGCGGACAGGCAACUUGGAAACAUGUCUGCGCCUGCUGUCCCUGGGUGCCCAGGCCAACUUCUUCCACCCAGAGAAGGGUACCACACCUCUGCACGUGGCUGCCAAGGCUGGCCAGACACUGCAGGCUGAGCUGCUUGUUGUGUACGGGGCUGACCCCGGCUCCCCAGAUGUCAAUGGCCGCACACCCAUUGAUUAUGCCAGGCAGGCGGGGCACAAUGAGCUGGCGGAAAGGCUAGUCGAAUGCCAGUAUGAACUCACUGACCGGUUGGCCUUCUAUCUCUGUGGACGCAAACCAGAUCACAAGAAUGGGCAUUACAUCAUCCCACAGAUGGCUGACAGAUCUCGGCAAAAGUGCAUGUCUCAGAGCCUGGAUCUGUCUGAGUUGGCCAAAGCUGCCAAAAAGAAGCUGCAAGCGCUCAGUAACAGGCUUUUUGAGGAACUUGCUAUGGACGUGUAUGACGAGGUGGAUCGGAGAGAAAAUGAUGCUGUGUGGCUGGCCACCCAAAACCACAGCACCCUGGUGACGGAGCGCAGUGCCGUGCCCUUCCUGCCUGUCAACCCCGAGUACUCUGCCACACGAAACCAGGGGCGACAGAAGUUGGCUCGCUUCAAUGCCCGGGAAUUUGCUACCUUGAUCAUUGACAUUCUCAGUGAGGCCAAGCGGAGACAGCAGGGCAAGGGCCUGAGCAGCCCCACAGACACCCUCGAGCUGUCCACCCGCAACAGCGACAUUGACGACCAGCACGACUACGACAGCGUGGCUUCGGACGAGGACACCGACCAGGAGCCCCUGCGCAGCACUGGUGCCGCUCGGAGCAAUCGCGCCCGGAGCAUGGACUCCUCAGACCUGUCGGAUGGGGCCGUGACGCUGCAGGAGCACCUAGAGUUGAAGAAGGCCCUGGCCACCUCCGAGGCGAAGGUGCAGCAGCUGAUGAAGGUGAACAGCAGCCUGAGCGAGGAGCUCCGGAAGCUGCAGAAGGAGAUCCACAAGCUGCAGGCAGAGAACCUGCAGAUCCGGCAGCCACAGGGCCCAAUGCCCACAUCCCCACUACCCAGCGAACGGGCAGAGCACGUGUCCAUAGCGCCUGGUGGCAGCUCGCACCGCAGGGACCGCCAGGCCUUUUCCAUGUACGAGCCUGGCUCCACCCUGAAGCCCUAUGGGGCCCCUCCUGGAGAUGAGCUCAGCAGCCGGCUGCAGCCUUUCCACAGCACCGAGCUGGAGGAUGACGCCAUCUACUCUGUGCACGUCCCUUCUGGCCUUUACCGGAUUCGGAAGGGGGUGUCUGCCUCAGCUGUGGCCUUCACUCCGUCCUCCCCGCUGCUCUGCUCCUCAGAAGGAACCCGCCACACAGUGGUGCCGAGCAAGCUUUCCCGCCAUGGCAGUGGUGCCGACAGUGACUAUGAGAACACGCAGAGUGGAGACCAGCUGCUUGGACUUGAAGGGAAGAGGUUUCUGGAAUUGGGCAAGGAAGAAGACUUCCACCCGGAGUUGGAGAGCCUGGACGGAGACCUGGACCCUGGGCUUCCCAGCACAGAAGACGUCAUCCUGAAGACAGAGCAGGUCACUAAGAACAUUCAGGAAUUACUGCGGGCUGCCCAGGAAUUCAAGCAUGACAGCUUUGUGCCCUGCUCAGAGAAGAUCCAUUUGGCUGUGACUGAGAUGGCCUCUCUCUUCCCAAAGAGGCCAGCCCUGGAGCCUGUGCGCAGCUCCCUGCGGCUGCUGAACGCCAGCGCCUACAGACUGCAGAGCGAGUGCCGGAAGACCGUGCCCCCGGAGUCUGGCGCCCCCGUGGACUUCCAGCUGCUGACUCAGCAGGUGAUCCAGUGCGCCUAUGACAUCGCCAAGGCUGCCAAGCAGCUGGUGACCAUCACCACCCGAGAGAAGAAGCAGUGACCACUCUUCCCCGCACCCUGCCCGCCCCCGGACCUCUCCAGCUGCGGGAGCUGGGCCACUCCAGACACUAAUCCCCACCCCCGAAAGAGCCGCUGGCGCAAGUGCCCUUAGUGCUGCCACUGUCCCCUGGUAGCCAGGCACCCUGGUGCCCGCCCACCCCACCCCACUCCGCCCCCGUUAACCCCAAGGAUGGGGAGGUGGGGUGGCAGGAGCUUCUGUCCCCCACAUUCCAUGCACCUCCCCCCUGUACAUAGCAUCCCCCUCCUCUUUAGCGUGCAGGGGCCUGCAAGGCAUCACUCCAGUUCCUUGCCCUCUGGGACCUCCAGCAAAGGGUCCGGUCCGGUGGGGCCACUCCAAGUAGGGCAGCUCUCCCUACAUCACCCACCCCCCCAUGAGCCAGUCCAGCCCUAUUGGGGGUUGAGCGGGGGCAUCCCCUCCUUUGUAUAUAAUCUGUGGGUGUCCCCCGCCCUGUAGCCACCAGCCCCCUGCUGCUCUCCUUUAAUGCCAAAGGACCCCUGCCUAGGGCACCAACCUGUGUUCCCGGGGUCCCCAGCAGCAAACACUGGAAAAUCUUUCUGUUUUUUUGUUCGUUUUUUAUUUCUCCCUCUUAACCCCUUAAUUUUAACGUCGUGGUAACUGCGUGUCCCCGUGUGCCUGCGUAUGAGUGUGCGGGGCGGCAGUGCCGUUCCCGAGGCCGGGCCCAUCCGGAGCUUUGUGAGGGGAGAGGGGAACAGAGCAGCAGGACCAAACCUCCCCCCACCCCCGUCCUGGGGCCAGCCACGUGGUGGACAAAUAGCUGGGGUCCUGCCCGAUACCUCCCCUGCCCGCCCCCUCACUCUUACUACUCCUUGAUGAACUUAACAAGAACCACUUCUCCACCUCCCUCCCCCUCCCUCGAGGAGGGGGACCAAGUGCUGGCUGGGGCAAAGACCUGAGCACCUGAGCCUGGGGCUGGCUCCCCGGGGUCCCCUACUCAGAUGACACCUCCUCCCUGUAACCUCUAAGAGGCCAGCAUCUGCACCUGUGGUAUCUGGGUACCUGGAACCUGGGCCGCGACCUGGGCACCCUGGAGCAGCCGAUGGCAGCAACCACCAACUCUCCUCCCAUCCCGCCUCUGCCCUUAGGGGCCAGGCUCUACCUGUUUGGCAGUGGGUGGGCUGUCAGAACUUGUGUCAUGUACAUUUGUAUCAAAAAUAAAUAAGUGACCAUGU